AUGACGGUUGUCCGGGGUCCGAUCAUAGCCGUAGGGCAGACUCGCCCACGUUCUGUCGUUGUUGGGAAGCAGAACCCCCCUGAGCCUUCGCGUCCUCCUGAGCCUUCUCGUCCUCGGGCUCCUGUUACGGACACGGGCCGAACCAAGCCCAGUGAAGCCACGGAGGCUGGGGAGACUGUUGGCGGGACUGUUGGCGAGACUGCUGGUGUCAGUGAGACCACAGCCGCUGUCGAGGCCACAGUAGCUGCCGCCAACGAGACCACUACCGCUAGCGAGACCACAAACACUGGCGACACCACGGCCACUAGCCAGAAUCAUAAGAAAACAGACACUGGUGGAACUACAGGUGCCGGAGAAAUGACAGAAACUGACCCAACCACAACUGCUGGCGAGAGUCGCGAGACCGCUGCCGUUGCCGACACCACCGACCCCACGGACACCAAAGAGGCCCAAAUCCAUGAUGACAAGGUUGCUAGCGAGGAGGAAGCACAGAAGGCCGAUGAACCCCAAACGGCUGACGAGACUCAAACGGCCGACAACCCUGAGACGAAGGAGACGGCUGGCUCCAAGAAGCCGAAGGUGCUGCGGCUGACAAUUGAGCAGAAGGGAGCAAAGACUCCUGGCUGGGGUUCUGCUCCUAGACGGACCAGCUCAUCCUCUGGAGGCCACGGUGGUUGA